AAAUAAAUUACGGUUAUUUUCACAUUCCUCUUGAAUAUCCUUUAGGCAUGAUAAUAAGCAUAUAUUUCUGUAUAGCCUUUUAAUACUUUCUUUAUGAUGGUUGAUAAAAAGUAAGUUGUUUGAAUUCAAGAUCAUGGAUUCUUUUUCCUUAUGACAUAUUGUUGGGAGACAUCAUACAUUCAUUGAUGUACUUAAUAAAUCAUUAGCAAAUUGUUGGCAAAUACAUGUACAAUGUACAUAAAAAUAUUUAUGUAUGACAAUUGUUUUGGGGUCUUCCUUCAGCCUGCCAUCCCACGAGGCUUACUGACAAAGGUGCUGUUAGGCUUUUUUAGCCAUUAAAGGGAAUUAUUGACUUGUGUUCUGGAGCACAGAUUUGCUAAGUAUCAUAUCCUUAGAAUGUAAGCAUAUUAUAGAUAUAGGCAGAAAGUGAAGCUGAGAAAAUUUUGAAAGGCUAAAAAUUACAAGUAAAAAAACUCACUAAAUGAAAGGAGGGAGAGGUAGGAAGCGUGUGUGUGAAACCUCAAUACAUGACUAGUUUCCUUUGGAAGGAGUUAAGUAAGGUAAUCAAAACCAUUAUGAGUCCUAGAUAUACAUGAAAAACUGAAUAUGUUUACUUUUGUAAAAAAAUAAACAGAUGUUAAGUCUUUGGGUAAGCACAAAUUUCACUUAGAACAUUGUGACCUGACCUAGAAAUAUGGUGUCUUCUUAAAAGAUAACUGAACUUACUUUUAUGAAUUCUCUGACCAAUAUCUGUUUUUUUAUGAUGGUUUGAGGAAGGGAGGAUGCUAACUUUUAUUCUUAUUUGCUGUUCUUUUUAUAUUUCCUGUGUUAAGGACAAGGUUUGGAGGGAGAAUUACAUAACUAAUGUGAUUAUUACCUGCAUGUGGGAGCUUAUCCAGGGCCUCAACGAAUUUAUGGAAAUUUAAACCUUAUUUUUAUCACUACCAUGCUGAAGCUUGAAAGCCUCCCCCAGGUAUAAGCCCCAUUUCCAGAGGGGCUGAGUGUCUGCUGUCUACCCAAGAUGCUCCUAUAACUAGGAAGUUGGAGGAAGGUCAGAACUGGCUCCUCCCCUCCCGAAACCAAGGCAUUGCAGAAAUUCCUCUCCCAUUUCAUUUCAGAUGCAUAUUUUUUUACAUAGCUAAUCUGAAAUGGAAACAUUUUUAUCCCUAUACUCAAAACUGCUCUUGUUUUAUCAGCUGACAUUUUACAACUCAUUAAUUUAUAAUGCAGGUUUAAUGCCUUUGAAUGUUCCUGGGAUAAAAAAUUAAAGGGACCAAGCUAGUUUGUAUAAAGGCAGAUAGUAUUUUAAUAGCAUUUCUUUUAUAACAACGCUUUGUGCCCCCUAGCACGUUCCAUCGGAAUAUUUCAAAAAACUUACAUGGUCCCUUCUGACUAACUUGCAUCCUCGAGUGACAGUCAGUCCCAUUUUCAAACAGAGAAAUUAAGGCUCAUGGAUUUCAGUGACACAUGUUCAAAUUCAGAAGAAAAUCUCUUUAAAUUUGUCUUUACCUUGUUUUACCUGUCAGUUGUUGUUAGGUGCCGUCAAGUUGGUUCCGACUUAUAGUGACCCUAUAGGACAGAGUAGAACUGCCCCAUAGGGUUUCCAAGGAGCAGCUGGUGGAUUUGAACUGCAGACCUUUUGGUUUGCAGCCAAGCUCUUAACCACUAUGCCACCAGGGCUCUAGUAGGCCCCCACUAUUAAGUGAGAAACUGAACCUUGAAUUUAGCCCUGUGAUCUUUGCCCGCCCAAGUGCAGAGGCAACAAGUUGACUGAGAAAGGAAGAGUGUCAGUGAUAAAUCUUCCCCGGAAAACUGAGUCAUUGGAUAAAAAUUCUUCAAAAAGAGCCACAUCUUGUCCUCAGUAGCACAGUAUGUGGAAAGCAAACCUUCGGGUAGGCAUUGUGGGGGGAGGAAUGAAGGACUAGGGUUCAGGUGCAAAGUCUUAGAACCCCCCGCCCCCACAACACCUACCACACAUUCUAAGGCAGCAACCCAACCAGGCCUUUAAUUCACUGGUUCAGACAUAAAAGAUCUCCAAGCGUCUAAGCAAAGGAGAUGUAGGAAAUCAAGUGACUCAUAAAAUCCCAAAGGACUUCCUUUAAACUUUAAGUCACAUUGUCAGAGGGACAUUUUUCUAAAUGAGGUUACAUGUCUGUAUCACCUAUUAGCUAAAAGGUUAAGUGUGCCUCUGUCUUCUACAUGAAACCAAAAACAAAAAACCAAACCCAUUGCCGUGGAGUUGAUUCCAACUCAUAGUGGCCCUAUGGGACAGAGUAGAACUGCUCCCGUAGGAUUUUCAAGGAGCGGCUGAUGGAUUUGAACUGCCUAGCUUUUGGUUAGCAGCCUGAGCUCUUAACUACUGCACCAGGGCCUCCUUCUACGUGAGGAUUCUGCAAAUCAAUUUUUAAACAAAGGACCAAAAUAACACCAAAAUUUUGACUGGCACACAUUCGUAUCUUCUCCUUUUACUUGUAGCUACCACACAUCAUAGCAUCAGACAAAAGAAGACACUGGAAGAAUGGUCCCGUCUUUAUCACUAUUUCAGUGGUUUUAACAGUUAUGUCACCUUCCAUUUCCGUACUAGCACAAAGUGCCAUCAUACAUACAAUUUCAUAUGCUUCUUUUGGCAAUGUUAUAAACAGGGAACCCAUUAUCAUUAUCAGUUUCACUAUUAUUUUUACCCAUUUCCACUAAAUUUCCUUGGAUGGUAGGCUAAGGUCACAGCUGGUUGGUUACAUGUUGGUUUUGGGACAAGAAUGAUAGGUCUUCAAGCUCGCAAUUCUGUGAGCUGCCUCUUUAUUUCCACUGUUUCCAAACUAUUGCAGGAAACAUGGGUGUACUGUUAGAUUCUGGUAACUGAUCAAAUUGGUAGUCUUCUAUAACUCAAAUUAAGCAGACCCAUGAAAGUAACAAUCAUCCAAAUAAUUAAAAGUAAGCAACAAUCUCCAUUUUGCUGCAUGAAAAUCCCAAAACCUCCCAGGGAUUUCUGUUCCCUGACUCCGAUCAUGUGGUAUUUAAACUUAGAUUGCACUCUCCAAUGGGAAUCUGCAUUAUUAUGUAUCAUUUGUGUGUAUGACUGUUGUAUGCCCAAAGGCAUACUUUGUGGCUCUGGUUUUGCCACCAACUGGCUGUACAGCCUUAGACAAGUCAUUUGACCUCACUGUGCCUUUAUGACCUCAUUUGUAACACGCCAAGGGUUGACUUAAAGUGUCCCUCUGACUCUACAAUUCUAUUACUCUGUUUCUCCAAAUAGACUGUGAGCUUCUUGAGGUGAGAAUAUCACACCCUUGUAUCUGCUGGACUUACCAUAUUGUAGGUAUUUAAUAAAUUUUUGAUGAUGGCACUAAAAGACUUAUUGGCACACUUAACUUGAGUGGAGUUAUAGGAAAUCAUUAUUGACUUUCUUAUUAACAAUUAACUGUCUACAGUCUGCAUAUGCAAUUUUCCUUUAUAUCAAUAAAACUUCUGCUUCUGGUAAAGAUGAAGUAUUGCCCCUUAAAAUCAGUUCUUUUGCAUAUUAACACAUUAGCAACUGAUGUCUUAUUUGUACUAUAACUGACAGAAUAAUGUGGAGAAAGCAUAUAAGUAUGAAAAGGGGUUAGUUGGGUAACAUUGUAUAGGGCAUCUUCAAAACAACGGUUCUGAUAUUUCAAAUGUCAAGCUAAUUAUCAGCAAUGUUUAAAUGCUAUGAUAGGCCAUUUUUGCAAAUGCUGAAAUUUUCCGGCAGGUACAGACAUUCUAAAAAUGUCACAUUUUGCCACUAUUCUAUUACAUGUCACCAGAAUACAAAAAUCUGAAAAUAAAGUUGUAUCUGUAGGCAAUAAAGAGAAACCAUUAUUUGUUUUGCAUAUGAUUUUAAAAUUAAUUGGUAGACUGAUACAAUUUAGAGUAUUGUUUACUUGGGAGAAAGCAUAGAGACGGUUUAAUAUAAUGCAAUCUGGUGAAGUGAAAAUAAUGCUUAUUAUAGAUAAACUAUGAAGCCUUUUAAAUAUAGGUUUUUAGCAAUGCAUAUUCAGAUAUAUCUUCCCAGGCCCAUUUGCUAUAAAGCAAAUUUAAGUAUCAGCUUUAUACCCUUUGGUAACCCCAUAUUACACAUACAGUUUCAGAGAAAAUGAAAGUUUAAUAUGAUUCCACAUAAAAUGGUGAGCCAUGCCAAUAAUUCAUAUGCACUUCAUAUGCAAAUAGUUUUAUCUUAUCCAUCAAUUAUCAUGUAAACAUGGUAUCACAUGGCAAAUUCCCCUGUAAUACAGUACCGUACCUGUAUAUAAUUAUGGGUGCAUUUUGCCAAUGCAACUGUUACACAGGAUUGUAAUUAAUUCCUCUGAAGAUUACUGUGAGAGUUUUGGAUACUGAUGCUGUUUUUGGACAUUUAUUACUGCUCUUUAGUUGGCUUUUUGCUGUGCCUCAGAGACAGAUGUAAAAUUAGUGUCUAUUUUGAGCCAGCAAACAGUACAUCUUUCCUCUUGUUUAUUGAAUUGCAGAAAGGAAUUCUUUGGGCUCCCACUUCUUUGUGGUUUUGAAGUAACCAUCUGUUUUUAUGCCAGCCAUGUAGCUCCAAUACAUGUAUAAAAUUUUGUUGAGACUCACGCAAGGAAAGGCUUAGUUGACCUAAUGUAAGGACCGACUGGAACUUUGCUACGUUACAUAGGCCGUUCUAUGCUUUUGAAUGUCGAAUAAAAAAUAUGUACCACAAGUUCAAAAACAGUCGCUGGUCUAAUAUAUUCUGCCCAGCGAACCUCAUUUAAAACCAGUGUACGUUGGUUAUUAUACAAAAUUGAAUCUCUUCUUUGCAGAGACAAAGCUAUGCUAUUAAGAUCUCUUAUGCCAGUGGUGAUGAUGGUAGGCAAAGGCUCAAAACGGGAACAAAUGGGAAAAUCAGCUUAUUUUUAUUUCAUAAUGUAAAUGGAGUGAGACCCAUCAUUUACUGACCAUUCUAUAGUAAGCAUAUUUUGUGGUGAAAAUUUCCCCAAUACUCACAAUAGGCAAAUCCACUGAUAGACCUGACAGAAAUUUUUAACUGAAAAUCCUGAGGAUUUAGAUGUGGGAAGAUGGGAUGGAGAACAGGAAAUGCAAUGUACAGAUUAGUGGGUUUAAUUUUGAUUGUCAAAAGGCCAGCCAGAGAGAGCAGAAUGAAAUGAUCUAGUCUGAAUUCAGAUAUAAGAAUUAAGUUUGUUAUGAAUUGUUUUACCUGGCUUAAAAAAAAAAAAGAGAGAGAGAGUGGAGACAUCAAUGUAAUGGCUUAUGGGAAUCGAUAUCCUAGUGAACGCAGCUCUGGAAAAGAUGCCAUACUGCUUCUGUAAGUGAACUUGACAGCAGUUAUUUAUUUAGUUUAAAAGUAUUUACUACUAUUUGUGGGCGAGAACCCUAAAGGUUGUGAAGUAUUGUUGGCCUGUGAAGGUGAUGGAUGCUGUACUCCUGACCCUAUAUGGUCAGACAUGACUUCAUUGCUUGUUUAGAUUGUUCUGAUAUUUGGGACUCCUCAAGGGCUGUUCAUAAAUCAUUUAUCUCUUUUUUUUUUUCCACAAGAAAAUAUUUCAAUUGUAUUGCUGCAGGAACACUCACGUGUCACACGGGAUAUUGUGGCCCAUGCAGAAAAAGACCUUAAAAGGCAUGGUUUUUUUCCAGGAUAAAGGCCUUUUAAUGCCUGUCCAGCCUUAGAUAAUUUUAUUCACUCCUUCUGGACCUUUCUUUAUUCCUCCUGUGCCCAGAGAUCAGUUUUUAGGAGUGGUGAACUAUGACAAUGUAGUGGACACGGGUUCUGAAACAGAUGAGGAGGACAAGCUGCACAUUGCUGAGGAGGACGGUAUUGCUAACCCUCUGGGCCAGGAGACAAGUCCAGCUAGCAUGCCCAACCAUGAGUCCUCCCCACACGUGAGCCAAGCUCUGUUGCCAAGAGACGAAGAGGAAGAUGAGAUAAGGGAGGGGGGAGUGGAACAUACCUGGCACAACAGCGAGAUUCUACAAGCCUCUGUAGAUGGUCCAGAAGAAAUGAAGGAAGACUAUGACACCAUGGGGCCAGAAGCCACGAUCCAGACCACAGUUAACAAUGGUACAGUUAAGAAUGCAAAUUGCACCUCAGACUUUGAAGAAUACUUUGCCAAAAGAAAACUGGAGGAACGCGAUGGCCAUGCAGUUAGCAUCGAGGAGUACCUUCAGCGCAGCGACACAGCCAUUAUUUACCCAGAAGCCCCCGAGGAACUGUCUCGCCUUGGAACUCCAGAGGCCAAUGGGCAAGAAGAAAAUGACCUGCCACCUGGAACUCCAGAUGCUUUUGCCCAACUGCUGACCUGCCCCUACUGCGACCGGGGCUACAAGCGCUUGACAUCACUGAAGGAGCACAUCAAGUACCGCCACGAGAAGAAUGAAGAGAACUUUUCUUGCCCUCUUUGUAGCUACACGUUUGCCUAUCGCACCCAGCUCGAACGGCAUAUGUUGACGCACAAGCCAGGGACAGAUCAGCACCAAAUGCUGACCCAAGGAGCAGGUAAUCGCAAGUUCAAAUGCACGGAGUGCGGCAAGGCCUUCAAAUAUAAACACCAUCUGAAAGAACACCUGCGAAUUCACAGUGGUGAAAAACCAUACGAGUGCCCAAAUUGCAAGAAACGUUUCUCCCAUUCUGGUUCCUACAGUUCGCACAUCAGCAGCAAGAAAUGUAUUGGUUUAAUCUCUGUAAAUGGCCGAAUGAGAAACAAUAUCAAGACGGGUUCUUCCCCUAAUUCUGUUUCUUCUUCUCCUACUAAUUCAGCCAUUACCCAGUUAAGAAACAAAUUGGAGAAUGGAAAACCACUUAGUAUGUCUGAACAAACAGGCUUACUUAAAAUUAAAACAGAACCACUAGACUUCAAUGACUAUAAAGUUCUUAUGGCCACACACGGGUUUAGUGGCACUAGUCCCUUUAUGAAUGGUGGACUUGGAGCAACCAGCCCUUUAGGAGUUCAUCCAUCUGCUCAAAGUCCAAUGCAGCACUUAGGUGUAGGGAUGGAAGCCCCUUUACUUGGAUUUCCCACAAUGAACAGUAAUUUAAGCGAGGUACAAAAGGUUCUACAGAUUGUGGACAAUACGGUUUCCAGGCAAAAAAUGGACUGCAAGGCUGAAGAAAUUUCAAAGUUGAAAGGUUAUCACAUGAAGGAUCCAUGCUCUCAACCUGAGGAACAAGUAGUUACUUCUCCUAAUAUUCCACCUGUAGGUCUUCCAGUAGUGAGUCAUAAUGGUGCCACUAAAAGUAUUAUUGACUAUACAUUAGAAAAGGUCAAUGAAGCCAAAGCUUGCCUCCAGAGCUUGACUACUGACUCAAGGAGACAGAUAAGUAAUAUAAAGAAAGAGAAGCUACGUACUUUAAUAGAUUUGGUCACCGACGAUAAAAUGAUUGAGAACCAUAACAUAGCCACUCCAUUUUCAUGCCAGUUCUGCAAAGAAAGUUUUCCUGGCCCCAUUCCGUUGCAUCAGCAUGAACGUUACCUUUGUAAGAUGAAUGAAGAGAUCAAGGCAGUCCUGCAACCU